AGGACCAUCGGUUGCGCAUGCGCAGUGGGUGAGAGCGGCGGCGGCGGCGGCGGCGGCGGCCUCCUUCUUCGAAGCGUUCUUGGGAGCCAGAUGGAACCUCCGGCGGGGAGGGAGCGCAAGGGACCCGGGCUGCUCUCCUACGCGGCUGCCCGCGGCCCUGUCUCCCCAUCUCUUGCCCGCGGUCUUACAUUCAGGGCGGUCAGAUGCGUCCUCCUUUUCCCGGACCUGUCCUCCAUCUUUUCCAGGAGGGAUCCCAAAGUGCCCUCCAUUUUGAAAAAUGGUCAGCAGCUCUAUGAAUGCCCAAUGUGUCAGCUUGUUUGUACAGAUUACCCAGUCCUACAGGAACAUGUUGAACUCCACUUGGAGGAAUGCAGCCUUUUAGAAGGCAGAAACUUGAGUGACCUAGAAUUGGCACAGCAGCUUCAGAAUGAGGAAGAUAGACAAAGACGAGAAGAAACAUCAAAACAAGAAAGAGAAGAGUUUCAAAAGCUACAGAGACAGUAUGGUUUAGAUGGCUCUGGAGGACAACAGCAGUCACUGAAGAACAUGGAAAAAGGAUGUUGCUUUUGGAAGAAUGCAACCAUUUUAUAUCACAAGAGGAAAGCUGAUAUGAUGGAAUCUUUGGCUUUUGGCACUGAGGGGAAGACAAAGACUUCAGGAAUUACAGAAGCACUGUUCCAAUACUACCAGAAUGAAUGUAAAGACAUAAAACGCGUGUGGCUUUCCAUGGGAGUAGAUCACUUCAACUUUUCUUCUGGAGACAAAGGUUGGGGUUGUGGUUACAGGAAUUUUCAAAUGCUGCUUUCUUCUCUCUUCAGAAAUAGUGUCUAUAAAGAGUGCUUAAAAGAGAACUCAUCAAUUCCUUGUAUUCCAAAAAUUCAGUCAUUGAUUGAAGAAGCCUGGAAGGAAGGUUUUGAUCCCCAAGGAGCAUCUCAUUUCAACGGCAAAUUACAGGGUACUAGGGCAUGGAUAGGAGCAUGUGAAAUUUAUUCACUGUUAACUUCUCUCAGGCUAAAGUGUCAAAUCAUUGACUUUCACCAGUCAACUGGCCCCUCAGGAACACACCCUCGUUUGUUUGAGUGGGUAUUGAAUUAUUAUUCCUCGGAAAAGGAAAACAAUGCAAAAGUAGUGUGUUCCUCCCGGCCACCAAUCUACCUCCAGCACCAAGGCCAUAGUCGUACUAUUAUUGGAAUAGAAGAAAGGAAGAACAAAAGCUUGUGUCUACUAAUAUUUGAUCCAGGCACCGUCUCACAAGAGAUGCAAAAACUCUUGAAAGGCAUUGAUGGAAACAGUCUCCGAUUACUUCGAAGAUUUGUUGGAGGCUUAAAACAUAAACAGUACCAAAUAGUUGCCAUAGAUGGUGUGCUGUCAGUGGAGGAGAAAACUGCACGCAGGAAGGCUUCUCAACUUUUCACAGCUCAGAGGAUUCCUUGAAGUCAAACAUUCUGAAGAAUGCCAGUGGAAAAAUGUUGCAGGAGAGAUGUCUGGUGUGUUCGCAUAAGCUCUUGAACAAUGUACAUACUAUCUUUUUAAUUAUUUCAUAAUAAAUGCUGGAGGGAAAGUC